AUGGCACAGGUAGAGAAACGAGGGGGUUUGCUCCGGAAAUCUUCAGCCUCCAAAAAACCACUGAAGGAAAAAGUGGUGCUGAUGUAUGAUGAGAUCUUCAUGACAGAGGACCCUAGUAAGUGCAGUCCUCGAUUUUGGGAGGAGCUCUUCCUCAUGAAGGUGAAUUUAGAGUACCUAGAAGGCAAGUUGGAAUCUCUUGAUGGUGAGGAGUUAAUGAAGAUCAAGGACAAUAUUAAUUGCUUAUUUCAACACUGCAUCCAGGCUCUGGGAGAGGAACAUCCAAUUCGAGUGGUUAAUGCAUUGCAGACCUUGUGUGCACUCAUUCGAGGAGUCCAUCAAAAGAAUAAGCCUACCUCUGGGUUUGACAUUAUCAACAUGCUGAUGGGCUUUGACAAGGCGGAGCUGUGCAUGAAGAAUCUCAUGGAGAGUUUGGAUUCAUUGCUCUGUGCAGAAGGUUCUGAAAGUCUGAAGAGCUUAUGUCUGAAACUUCUCCUCUGCUUAGUGACAGUGACAGAUAACAUCAGCCAGAACACUAUCUUGGAAUAUGUAAUGAUCAACAGCAUAUUUGAAGCAAUUUUACAGAUACUCUCCCACCCGCCGAGUCGUAGGGAACAUGGGUAUGAUGCUGUUGUCCUCUUGGCUUUGCUAGUGAACUACAGAAAAUAUGAGUCUGUGAAUCCUUAUAUUGUGAAGCUGUCUAUUGUGGAUGAUGAAGCCACCCUCAAUGGAAUGGGGCUUGUGAUUGCUCAAGCUUUAUCUGAGUACAACAGGCAGUAUAAAGACAAGGAAGAAGAACACCAGAGCGGUUUUUUCUCUGCUUUAACAAAUAUGGUGGGCAGCAUGUUCAUAGCAGAUGCCCAUGAGAAAAUCUCAGUACAAACCAAUGAGGCCAUCCUUCUGGCACUUUACGAAGCUGUUCAUUUAAAUCGCAACUUUAUCACAGUGUUAGCCCAGAGUCAUCCAGAAAUGGGCUUGGUGACAACCCCUGUCAGUCCUGCUCCAACAACCCCAGCCACACCACUUGGGACCACACCACCCUCCUCUGAUGUUAUAAGUUCUGUGGAACUCCCACUGGAUGCAGAUGUACAGACCAGUAAUCUACUGAUAACCUUCUUAAAGUAUAGCUCAAUUGUCAUGCAAGACACCAAAGAUGAGCACCGGCUUCACAGUGGCAAACUCUGUCUGAUUAUCCUUACAUGUAUUGCAGAGGAUCAAUAUGCCAAUGCAUUUUUGCAUGAUGACAACAUGAAUUUUCGAGUAAAUUUACAUAGAAUGCCUAUGAGACACAGGAAGAAGGCAGCAGACAAGAACCUUCCCUGCCGUCCAUUAGUAUGUGCAGUACUGGACCUGAUGGUGGAGUUUAUUGUAACACACAUGAUGAAGGAGUUUCCUAUGGAUCUCUAUGUGCGCUGCAUUCAGGUAGUACAUAAACUACUUUGCUAUCAGAAGAAGUGUAGAGUACGCCUGCAUUAUACCUGGCGGGAACUCUGGUCAGCCUUGAUAAAUUUGCUGAAGUUCCUUAUGUCAAAUGAGACUGUACUUUUGGCAAAGCACAACAUUUUUACGUUAGCUCUUAUGAUUGUGAACCUAUUUAAUAUGUUUAUCACAUAUGGAGAUACAUUCCUGCCCACCCCCAGCAGUUACGAUGAACUCUACUAUGAGAUUAUCCGCAUGCACCAGAGCUUUGACAACCUCUACUCUAUGGUCCUGAGGCUUUCUACCAAUGCAGGCCAGUGGAAAGAAGCAGCUAGCAAGGUGACUCACGCGUUAGUUAAUAUCAGAGCCAUCAUCAACCACUUUAACCCCAAAAUUGAAUCCUACGCUGCUGUGAAUCACAUAUCCCAACUGUCGGAGGAGCAGGUGCUAGAGGUAGUGCGAGCCAACUAUGACACACUCACACUGAAGCUGCAGGAUGGCCUGGACCAGUACGAGCGCUACUCGGAGCAGCACAAGGAAGCCGCCUUCUUCAAAGAGCUGGUUCGAUCCAUUAGCACCAACGUCCGGAGGAACCUGGCCUUCCACACACUCAGCCAGGAAGUCCUGCUCAAGGAAUUCUCCACUAUCUCCUGA